AUGGCGGAGCCUGUGCUGCUGCGCAGCCUGCAGGGGCCGCCCGAGGGGCGGCUGACCGCCUGCAGUCUGCUGCCUGGGAGGCAGCAGGUCGCCACUGGAAGCCAGGAUGGCAGCCUGCUGCUAUGGAACCUCUCCCCCGGACGGCCCAGACCCGUUCGGCUGGGCACAGGGAGAGGCCACGCAGGCCAUGUGACCUGCAUCAAGGCGGUGGGGCAGACCUUGGUCUCCUCCUCCAUGGUUCCGUGGCUGUUGAAACGCGAUUCCACCGUCUCCAUCUGGAAAAACUGGGAGAGGUCCAAAGCGAAGCCCGCCACCCUGAAGCUCCACUUUUCGCCGGUGCGUUGCGUGGACCUGUCCUUGGACGAGCAGCUUCUCCUCACCGCCUCGGACGAUAAGACGCUGAAGCUCAGCUCGCUCCCUGGGCGACGCUUCGUGGCGUCCUACCUGGGACAUUCCAACUGGCUGCGUGCUGCGUCACUCUCCCCCUCUGCCAGCCGCAUCAUGUCGGGAGGGGACGACCAGACCGUGCGGCUGUGGGAUGUGGAGAAGAAGAGUUGCCUGCAAACCUUUUACGACAGUGCGUCAAGCAUUACCUGCACCAAAUUUGGCCUUGGUGAUAGCAUCACUGUAGCCAGCAGCUGGGAUUCCAGCAUCAAUAUCUGGGACGUGCGAUCUUUCCAGUUACGGCAGCACUACGGCCGUGCCCAUGGCUCAAGUCCCAUCACGCAGGUGGCGCUCCAUCCGCGUGGGGACCUGAUCUUGUCCUGCGCGGCGGAUCGACAACUGCGGCUGUGGGACCUGAGGGCUGGCAAGUUGAGAAACAGCAUCCUGGGCCACGAUCGACCGAUCCAUUCCUGCUCUUGGGACGAAUCAGGGGAGCACUUCUUGAGCUGCGACUCGGAGGUGGUCUUCUACUGGUCCCUACCCGCGGAGGAGUCUCCCACGCUGGAGGCAUUUUUCGGCGUCUUUGGGCUGAAAGCCUCGGAUGCUGCGACGCUGAAGGAACGGAACGCGGAGGGCGCCUUGGACCCAGCUACUCGGGGUCAAGAGACCCCAAGCACCGUCCCCCGAGACGGCGCGGCACCCGGCGCAUGUGACGAGACGCCCGAGAAGACGCUGCAGAAACCGGGCUCGCUGCAGAAACUGCUCGAAGCGGCGUGGGCUGGGGAACAGGUGCUGCAAAGCAAGGUGUCUGAUCUGCAAGAGCAGAAUCUUCCGGAAGCGGCUGCUCUGAUGCUCGAAAAGAUGGUCACCGAGAUGGACGUCCUGACGCAUCUCCUGGAGUCCAUCGAGCAGCGCCUCGCUGCGUCGGAGGCCUCCACCGCAGAGCUGCGGCAGCUGCUGGCGCGGCAAGCGCCGGCGCCGGAACCGUGA